CUCAACUACAAGCACAGGACAGUCGUCAGUGGAGAGGCUGCUCACUAUGGAUUAACCUCGGGACGCACAUAGAUCACCACGGGCUCUCUGCUGUACAGGACAGACGGUUAUUAGCGUUUUGGUCACUGUAACGAACUCCAGCAGGUAUGAUUCAGCGGAAUGAGGUUGUGCUGUCCGUUCUGGGCAAGCUCCAGGACGCCACCGAGUGCCCCGGCCUCGAGGCCCUCACCAAAGUGGCCAUGGAGGUGGAGCAGCUUCUCUCCCCUUUCCCCCUGCUCGCCGAGCCCUGCAAGGAGCUCACCUCGUGGAUGGGCAUCGACAACGUGGCCCACACCCUCUACCCGGCGGACGCGCCCGUGGGCCUGCUGCCGCUGGCCUGCAAGGGGGAGGGGAACCUGCUGUUCGACGCCGCCAGCAUGCUGCUGGUGGGCAGCGCCAGCCUGAGCCUGGAGCUGCAGGUGAGGACGGUGGUGGAGAUGCUGAUGUGGAAACGCUACUACCUGUCGGGCAUGAUCGACUCCAAGGUGAUGCUGCAGGCGGCGAGGUUCUCGCUGUGCGCCGAGGAGAGCGAGGACAUGCUGAACCUGCCCAUGGCCGUGCUGGAGGCCAUCUUCGACGCGGACGUCAAGGCCACCUGCUUCCCCGGGUCGUUCGCCAACAUGUGGCACGUCUACGCCCUGUCGUCCGUUCUGCAGUGCAACGUCUACUCCGUCUACCCCAUGUACAACCUGAAGAUCCGGCCGUACUUCAACAGGCUCAUUAGGCCCAGGGUCUGGCCGAAGGACUGCGAGCCGGCCACCCUCCACAUCAUGUGGUCCGGGGAGCUGGAGGACGCCUUUGUUUUCAAGCCGCACAACUUUGUGGCCCUGGUGAACGCCUGCAACCUGAACAUCGGCACCCCAAACAGCGAGCAAAGAGCUCUGCCAGUUAAGACUCUGCAAAUGCUGAACCAGGACUCGCGGCUGUCCUACUCGAGCCUCAAGGACAAGUUCAACAUCACCAAGAGCACCUUCUACCGCUGGAAAAGGCAAACGCAGGAGCACAGGCAGAAGUCGGCCGUCAGGUACGAGGCCAAACACUUCUUCCAGGCCUGCUACCUGGAGGGCAAGCUCAUACCUCUGCACCAGUUCAAGGAGUUCUUUCCUGAGAUCUCGCGGUCCACCUACUACGCCUGGAAGCACGAGCUCCUGUCCUCGGGCGGGAACCUGUCUGGGGGUUCUACCGGAGAAGUCAGUCCGGGAGAGAGCACGGAACCGGAGUCCUGGUCCUCUCCGGAAAGCAAGAACAACGAUCUCCAGGACAACAUCUCCACCUUCUUCACGUUCAACUCUGACAAGCUUGACGCGGAGCGCGGCCAAAGCCUCACCUUGAUGCAGGAGGCCAAGAAGUGCCUUCAGAAUUGCAUAGCGACAAACACGCCGUUCCCUUACAGAAUGUUCAAGAGGAACUUCCCUGGCAUCUCGAGAUCAACGUACUACAACUGGAGAAGGGAAGCCAUGCUGUUCAAUCCAAGCUACAAAGAUGGCACAGGCAGCAGUGAGGAUAGCUCUGACGGCGACAAGCCUCAGAGUCUGAAUGGCGAGCUCUCCCCCGACCUUGCAGUCAGACAUGUGUACGGGCAUGCCCCGAGGCCUAAGGUCUGGAGGCACAAGCACAUCGGUUUCCAGGUGGCGCACCUUCGCAACAAGAGACUGAGAGAGCAGGCCAAGGCCCACGCACAGAAGUCCAAAAUGACUCUGGCCAAGUUCAAAGUCAUGUUCCCCACCGUCUCCACCAGCUUCUACUGGUUCUGGAGAAACAAAACAAACCCGCAGCGAGAGAAGAUUCCGGACACUCCGCCGGUGCCGCCGAUACAGGAAGAUGAAGGCAUGGAUCUGUCUAUCCAACACGUACCUCGGACCAGCAUCACCGGUCCGACGGGGUCUCCUUUGGAGGAAGACGCUAAACUUUUGAACAAUGAGCCUAUGUCCCCUUACAAAGUCACCCUACCUGUGUACCCAGUCCCAGUUCCCCACAAAGCCCCCGAAGAGCAAAUGUUUGUCAUGGAUGUGGUGGCACUGGCCAAUUUUAAGGCCAAAGCCAAGUUGUUCCUGCAACAACGCUUUGAGGAAAAGUCCUUCCCCACCUUCAAGGAGUUCAGAUCUUACUUCCCCCUCACCCCACGCUCUACCUACUACAUGUGGAAAAGAGCCUUGCACCACGGUGUUCCAUUGAUUCAUGGUUGAUGCUUCCAAAUUGUAGUGUUUUACCCUGAAUUAAUUUAUGUCCAAGGUAUUCUCCCACUUCCCCACCACAUUUUUGGGGUGGUUCACAUUUUUUACAUUGAUCUGGACAUUUGGGGGGGGAAUCCACUAACGUUGGUCUGUGUUUUCAAAUUGAUAGGAGGGCUAAUCAUUAGAUCUCUGACUUGCAUCUUAAAAAUGUCCCUCUUCCUUUCCCUUACUUUUCUGUGCUCUCAGCUCGGGGUUAGUACAUUAGCAUGUGUGUGGAAUGAGACUGCCCUUAAGCUGUGCACCACUUAAGCCUUGAUGGCCCUUGGGCAAAAGGGUAGUUCAAAGCCAGAGAUAGCGAGGCUUCAAAUGGCUCUACGGCUCUUUGUUUGAGUGCCUUCUUUAAUCGCCUUGAACCAUUGUGACUGGGUCUCGCCUGUUUUACUUUGCCUAUCUAAUUUUAUUUUACUUGCGUUUAAGCUUUCAAAGUUUGUUCUCUUUUAAAGUCAAUAUGACCGACCACCUGAAGUUCACUGUAGUUGUACCAUUUGGUAGGCCUACUGUUCGUGAUGUAUGGUACAAAUCUUUCUAUAAUCCGUCUUCCGUCCGUUUUUAUUCUGAAAGAUAUAUUUUUGUAUUGACAACUGAAUGUUAUCUGUAUCUAGAAAUGAACGUGUCGUUGCGGCACUACUUAUGGUUUUUUGCCACUAUUUUUUUGAUGAAUUUUGUUCAGGUUAUUAAUCUACUAAAUUAAGACAUACAAUGUUCACAGAACACUAUUUUAUGAAAGGCAUACCAGGGUCUUUAUUUUAUUUUGCACACAGUGUUUGCAAAGGAUUAUGAAUGUCUGUGUGAUUGGAUUUUUUUUGUUGCUCUGAGAGAUCUAAAUCACCCUUUGUGUUACUACUACCUACAUUUCUUCCUUUUUGUUGUUUGACAUUUUUUAUAUAAUUGUUCAUCAAAAUGAAUUUCUUUAUUACCCCUUGAUUUUGUCACUUGGUAAUGUUCACAACCUACAUCUGUAAAUCACUGCUGCAUGACUGAUUACUGCACAUUGUUCAAUGGUAUCUCAAGUCGUUAGAUGAUUGGCCGGAGAUCCUCAUUGCUCAACGUUGGUGUUCUGUGUAAACCAGGGAUACACGUGUGCUUAGUAACUCACAAGGUAAAACAAUCUUUUUUUGUGCUGAAGUAUGAAAUCAAUAAACCAUCCUCUAAUGUU